GUGGGUCUUUGUCUUCAUUCUUUCCUCCUUAUUCACGUGAACCUUCUCACAACACACACAUCUUUCUCUUGCUCCAAGAAUCUAGGUUACUAAACUCAUGAACUCAUCAAGUUUAACUUUGUAAGUAUAGAUUUAUUUGAACUUUAUAUUCACCAAUACUACUACUAUUUUUUUUCAAGAUCUAUUUGAAAAAAAAAAACAUGCCACAAGCACUAGUAACACCACUAGUCCACAUUCACAUUUUAGCUAUUUUUUUAACUUUCAUUUUGACCACUAUCUCAACAUCACCCUCAUGUCCACCCUUCACCACCAUACCGCCACCCUACCCAUUCUCAACCACCCCUUUUUCCGGCCACCCAUUUUUCCAAAUCAAAUGCUCACCACUACCGCUUUUAGCCACCAUUAUCAUCAACAAUCAUAACUUCUCCAUCCUCCGCUAUGACCCAACCACCACCUCCCUCACCCUGGCCCUCCUCCAAACCACCACCACCACCAACUGCAACACCACCACAUCCAUCCCAACCCAACCAAUCAACUUCUCAAACACACCAUUCAAACCAGCUGACUCGUUCUGUUCAAGACUUUCUUAUUUAACCCCAUGUCACUUACCCACUUCUUUAAACUGUUCACAUUGUCCUUGGCAAUGUAAAAUUACCAAAAACCCACUUCAAAUCAUACACUCUUGUGGAUCUACACACGCUCAACAUCUUUCUAAAGAAGGUUGUCAAGCUGAUCUUUUGGGCUUUCUUGAUAGUUUCUUGAAAUUUGGGAUUGAAGUUGAAUAUGAUGUUCAAGAUUCUUACUUUUCAAAUUGUGAAUCUUGUAAAGCCCAAAAUGGUGUUUGUGGGUUUAGCCCAUUUGCCCCAAACAAACCUUUUUUAUGUCACAAACCACCAAUUUCUUCAAACAAAAAAAGCUCAAAGUUACAUAUAGCUAUGAUGUCUAUAUCUAUACUAUUUCUAUGUUUUUUUAUAUUUAUUUUAACAAGUAUGUACAUUUCAAAAAAAAGAAAAAACAACUCUCUUGUUGAAGAUCCGACGAUGGUUUAUCUCCACCGCCACCGCUCCGCUAGUCUACUACCACCGGUGUAUACUUUCGAAGAGUUACAAAUUUCAACUAAUAAUUUUGACCCGACCCGGAAAAUAGGUGAUGGUGGGUUUGGGUCGGUUUAUACGGGUCAUUUUAAAGACAACAAAGUUUUUGCUAUCAAGUAUUUGCAUAAACAAAACCCCACAUCAAAUUCAUUUUCAACAAAGUCUUUUUGUAACGAGAUUUUGAUUUUGUCGUCUUUAAACCACCCGAAUUUGGUAAAAUUGUAUGGGUAUUGUAGUGAUCCGAGAGGGUUACUGUUAGUGUACGAGUUUGUACCUAAUGGAACCCUCUCGGAUCAUUUACACCUCGAAAAGAAGAGGUGUUUAAAUUGGCAACUUAGAGUUGAUAUAGCGUUACAAAUCGCGACCGCUAUAGAGUAUUUGCAUUUUUCGGUUGUACCACCUAUUGUACAUAGGGACAUUACGUCUAAUAAUAUAUUCGUGGACAAGGAUAUGAUGGUUCGGGUUGGGGAUUUUGGGUUGUCUAGGUUAUUAGACCCAGGGUGCGUGUGCACGGGCCCACAAGGUACCCCUGGGUAUCUGGACCCAGAUUAUUAUCGCUCUUUUCGUUUAACUGAAAAGAGCGAUAUUUAUAGUUUUGGAGUUGUUUUAUUAGAGUUAGUGACUGGGAUGAAGGCGGUAGAUGUGAGGAGGGAUAAAAGGGAAAUGGCCUUAGCUGAUAUGGCGGUCGCUAAGAUACAGCUAGGGUUGUUGAAUGAAGUGAUUGAUCCGCGGCUCGCCACGGUUGACGGUGGUGGUGUGGCGGCCGUGGCUGAACUUUCAUUUAGGUGUGUUGCCGCGGAUAAGGAUGAUAGGCCGGAUGCUAGGGAAGUUGUGGCAGAGUUAAGGCGGAUUAAAGGGCGUACACGUGGUGGUGGUACGUCGAUAGUGGGUCCAGUUCGAGUGUCUAAUUCGAGUAAUGUUGUGGUUCCGGCCAGUUUGAUGGAUUGAAGCACACCUGAAAAUGGGUACAUGUUUAUUACCUUCCGGUAUUUUGUAAAAUGUAAUAUAUACUUUUCUUUUGAUAUAUUUUAGUUUUUAGAUUAGAUUAGUAAUGUACUCAACCAAAUGAAUCUAACAUCGAACAAGUUCUGAAGAAAGAUAUGUAAAUUCUGAAGCUCACGUGUAUUGUUCUUGGAUCUGACAAGUUUUGUUCUUUUA